CUUCCAGCUCAUGUCCACAGCCCGGUCGGAACGGACUUCUUCCCGCGCGCGCGCUCAAAUGAGCAAGAGAAAGAGAGCGAGCGCGUGCGAGCGCGAGCCAUUUGAGCGCAAAUCCUUUUUCAACCCGUUUCUUUCUUUUUUUUUCGAGCGCGAUAUUUGUUUGUUGUUUUUGGUGGCACGCUGCGACGCCACGGGUUCGGUUCUCAGCGCGAGUGGUUCCGUUUUAUUUUUUUUUUCGGUGAUUAGUGACGUGACGCGAAAGGAGAAAAGAGCGCGGUGGGCUCCUCGGCGGCUCGCAAGAUGGCGGCGCAGAGCUCUGGCGGCUGAACGAGUGCAGCGUGGUUUUGGGUGAUAUUUUUCUUUGUGCAAGUGAGCGGUGAUAAAGGAAUGGUCGCGAAGGUUAUCGCGAAAUUAUCGCAAAAGUGUGAAAUGUUUGAAAUUCAAGUGAAAAGUUUGAAAAAAGUUGCGAUUUCAUUCAAUCCAAGAAGGCCAAUCGCCUUAACCGUCGACGACGCCCACAGCUGUCACUCAGCGUAGAGAUGUGAGCCGUUACGGGGGAAGGUGCCCGCGCCAUGUGCAUCCCAAUUUGGGCGUUGUGCGCACCUACUCGGCGGAUUAUUUAUUGGGCGGCACAUGUGUUGCGGUACCGAAAUUGGCCACGCCGCAGCUAAUCCGGCGGCCACUGACCGGAACAUGGUACCAGGAUGGAGUGUGUGUGUGUGCUCGACGAUGAGAUUUGAUGGCAUGUUUUUAAGACCUCAUCGCCACGUGUUCCCAGACACCCCUCUAUUCAAGCUCAAGUUCAAAACUGCUCGACUCUCCCACUCACUGCACGCAAGCAGUGAAUCCGAACCGAACGGGCAACUCACGCGACCUGCUCCCGGUCCCCGUCUCGGAGGAACGGCCAAGUCACGAGAAUCGCUUCUUGUGCACUUUGCGAUUACACAUUUUUAAAGCCAGAACCCGCAAACCACUCAACGGUCGCAGGUCUCUCACGCCAAAAACGCCGGUAAAAAUGUAAACAAGAAGAAAUCGAGAGAGAGAGAGAGUCGCAAGAGAGAAUGCGUGAGAGCGACUCAAAACAUCUGUUUGCGCGGCUCAGCUGGUUCGAACCCAGCUUAUCACCUCCUCGUCACUUUCGUUUGUUUUCAUCUCUUCUCUGCGAGUUCUGCGACGUCGUCGCCUACUGCAACAUUGUCUCAUUCGACGUUUCGACCUGCAGCCGGUAACAUCGUGGUGGUCGUGAAGUAAGUCGUUCAAGAUCUUGGAGGUUAGGUGCGUCUCGUUCAAGCGCUGAGCCUCAACUGGUCCUUGAUUGGUUCGCCGCUAGGGGGCUCGAGCACCGGCUUAGGGGAGACUCUCUCGCGUUUGAUUCGAUUCUUGGCGAUUCUCUCUCCUUCGUCGUCGAGUUGAGUCUUGUGCUGAAGGCUACCUGCGCGCGGGUCUUGGUCGGGUAUUGUGCAAUCUCCCAAGUGCCCAAAAAUUCUGCGGCUUGUUAUGGUUUCGCGUUUGAGAGCUGUGCUGGUGCGGAGUGUGUAGAGAAGAUCUCCUGAAACACAUGUGUGCGGCGAAGACGACGACGACGAGGACGACUGGUGUGAACCCCUUAGGUUGGUGUGGUUGGUCGCUUAGCCGGUUGCGCAUUUCUGUUGCGAACUUCUCACGCUGCGGACGUGUGUGCGACGAAGACGACGACGAGGACCGAAUCUGACCGAACUUUGCCAGUCUGCGGUGUCACAAGUGUGUGAGUAGCCCCUAGGUGUCCCCCCUACCACCCUCGCCUGGCCUAAGCAGAACACGCAACCUACGCAGCAACAACAACAACAACAGUAGUCACACUAGAAACGACAACAACAGCAACAACAACAACAAUAGUCGCGCUGAACAGCUGAAGAAGAACUUGCGUGCUUGCGUGGUGAAGGGAAGAUCAGCUGAGUAUCGAAAGGGACAAGGGGCUACGAAGAAGAGAGGUUACAAAGUGUGCGUGUGCGAGAACAAUAGCAGCGUGUACGCGAGAACAGUUACGGUGCAACGGUAGUGUCAAAGCGAGAGAAGAGAGGGCUUUUGUCGUGUGUUUUUUUGGGGAAGUACCGUUAGGUGAUCUUUGAACCCGUGGCCGUGAAGAAACAGCUGAAGAAACUGUGUGUACUAAUUUAGUGAGGACAUUCCACAGAAAAAAGGGACUGUACAGUGAAUGUGAUACGCAAGGAAGAGCACUCAGGUGAAGAA